AUGACUACAAAAAAGAUUUCUAGCGUACCGCCCAUUGGGGUGCAGGCCACUGCCGUGGUUUCCGGUUCUUUUUUGACAGGUGCUAUGGUGUGUCUCACCGGAGUUGUAAUUCCCGUCUUCCUUGACACUGACGCUGAGUCGGCCCAUCUACUUCGCCACUGGGUCCGUCUGUAUCAUUAUGGCCAUAUUUACAUGCCUGUGCUAUGUAUAGCAACCGUUGGGCUAUAUGGAUAUUCAUCUCUCCGACUAAAGGGAUGGAAUAGCCAACAUUGGACCACUUACGCGGCUGCCGCUGCCACGACAAUCGCAAUGGUGCCUUUCACAUGGGUGUUCAUGGCUCCUACCAACAACAUCUUGUUCGGCUGGGAAGAAAUGGCAACAGCAGGAGCGCCGGUGGCAGAAUUGGAUGCCGUGCGGAAAGUCGUGGUGAAAUGGGCUUGGUUGCAUCUUGCGCGUUCAGUGUUCCCCUUGAUUGGCGUAAUCGUGGGUUUCACUGGGAUCCUGCAAGAGCGACUCCACACCUCCACCCCUUGCGCGUUUUUCACCCACAAGAGGGACCCUCUUAUGCCUGUCAUUAUCAACCCGUCUGUCUUAUGUCCGUGA